AUGGCGAAGCAAGAUCCGGCACCCAUCAACGCACCCAUCAACGCCUUCGCGCCCGCCCACCAGACUGACGAAGGCUACUCGGAAGAUCCUCUCAAUCCCAUCCUCAACCAAAGCCUGCCGGCGGGCAUCUCCUCCCUUCGAUCGGCCGCCGACCUGCAAUCAUGGCUCGUCAGCAACGUCUCAAGCCUGCCAAUGUCCAUAAAGACUGAAUUGACCAUGGCCCUCCUCGACCAGCUGCCAACGUCGACCAUCGCCGAAAUAGUGCAUCGGCUGAACCCUCGGCUCUACAUCGACUUCAUCCAGUAUCUUCCGGCCGAAAUCUGCUUGAAAGUCUUGGGAUACCUCGAUCCCGUCUCGCUCGUCAGCGUCAUGCAGACGUGCCGCGCCUGGUACGACCUGGCGUUGGACCGUAAGACGUGGGAGACGCUCUACCGCCUCGAAGGCUGGAAGGCUAUACAGCGAGAGAUCGACGCGUGGGAGACGUCGGUCAACACGGGCCUGACCAACUCCAUCGGCCACCUGCACCGUAUCCAUAACCAGGAUGGUCGCGAACGCGCCACCAAGGUUCGCGCCCUCCUCAACGACGACGAGGACCAGGAGAUGACGGACAACGACCGAGGCUUCCCGCCCGCAGCCAACCACUCGGCCUUGGGUGGGAGCAUAUUCGGCUCCCCCUCAUCUCCGUUCCCCUCCUCCAGUCGGCCCGCCGCCGUUCCUGUUCCGACCCUCGGAGACAUGGACCUCGACCCCAGCCUCUUCUCCGCCAAGGGAAAGAGCGUCGACAGGAGCCUAGGGCACAUCGAUCGGGUGGUGCGCGCCGCGAAGCGUAAGGAGCCUGGCGGAUCGCCCGAACCGUCUCUGCCCCCCGGAUCCGCCCUCGACGGUCUGGCCGCCCGGCUGCGAUCCACCUUGUGGACGUGGGACAUCAGCAGCAAUCGCUAUCGCAUGAAUUGGAAGUAUCUCUACAACAUGCGCCGCCGCCUCGAAUCGAACUGGGAGCUGGGCAAGUUUGUCACCUUCCAGCUGCCCCAUCCCCUGUUUCCGGAAGAGGGCCACCAAGAAUGCGUCUACACGCUGCAGUUCGACGCCGACUACCUCGUCAGCGGCAGCCGCGAUCAGACGAUGCGCAUAUGGAACAUGCACACCCGUCGUCUCAUGCGCCCACCUUUGACCGGCCACUGCGGUUCCGUCCUGUGCCUUCAGUUCGACGCCGAUCCUGACGAGGACAUCCUCGUCUCCGGCAGCAGCGACUCGGAUGUCUUCAUCUGGAAGUUUUCCACCGGCGAGAUCCUCCAGAAGAUCCAGAACGCCCACCGCGAAUCCGUUCUCAACGUUCGCUUCGACAAGCGCAUCCUCGUCACCUCCUCCAAGGACAAGACGAUCAAAAUCUUCAACCGCCGACCGCUGCGCUACGGCGAUGUGGGCUACGGCAUGCCGGCCGAGAUCGUCAACCCCGUCGCCGCUCGCGUCAAGCAGUACGGCUUCGAGCCCGAUCUCGCCCAAGAGCUACCCGUGCGCGAGCCCUAUUCCAUGAUCGGCCGCCUCGAGGGCCACGGCGCCGCCGUCAACGCCAUCCAGGUUCGCGACAAGACCAUCGUCUCCGUCUCGGGAGACCGGCAAAUCAAGGUCUGGAACUGGCCCGAUCAGGUGUGCACGCAAACGAUCCCUGCGCACGACAAAGGGAUCGCCUGCGUCGAGUUCGACGAGCGGAGGAUCGUCAGCGGCAGCAGCGACUACGAGGUGUGCAUCUUCGACGCCCCCACGGGGCUCAAAGUCGCCCAGCUGCGAGGUCACGCGCACCUCGUCCGCACGGUCCAGGCCGGCUUCGGCGACUUGCCGUACAGCAAGGAAGAGGACGAGGCCGAGGCGCGGGCCGUCGAUGCCGAGUAUUUCAGGGCCGUCGAGGCGGGAGAGAUCAGCCACGAAAGCGAGGGCCGGAGCCGGAGGGCGAGGACGGUGAACGCCGGCAGCUCGAGGCCGGCCGAGAUCCAGGCCUUUGGUGCCAAGGUCCCGCCCGGCGGCGGCGGUGGGAGGAAGUACGGACGAAUCGUUUCCGGCUCCUACGACCAGAGCAUCAUCAUCUGGAGACGCGACAAGGAAGGCGUCUGGAAGCCGGCGCACCACCUCCGGCAGGAAGAGGCCGCCGCUGCCGCCCAGCGUCUCAUGACCACCUCGUUUGGCUUGUCGACGCAAGCCGGCGUGCCUCCGCCCAACUUGAGCCGGCCUCCGGGGCCAUCCUCACGUCCGAGGGUGCCGCCGAUGCGCGCCGUCGGCCCUGGCGAGGAAGCUCAGGUUCCCGCCGGGCUGGAUCCGCACGGCGACCCCCAGAACGCCGCCGGUCUGUACAUGACGUUGAUCGACCAGGUUGUGCCGCUCGGAGCCGUCGCUCUUGAGCAAGCGUUGGCAACGUAUCCUGUGAUGCUAGCCUAUCACACUUACCUGCAGUCUACCAUUGAGCGAGAGCCGUCGCCGUUUGUUCGGUCGCAGCUUAGGCAAGCCGUGACCGUCGCCCUGCUUGCCAUCCAAGAUGGCCAAUCUGCGAGGCAGCGAGUCGGACAAGACACCGCUUCGAGGCAUUCGGCCCUGACGGGCCGGGCACCUGCCUCCACCCCUGGGGGUGUGACGACUCAACCACAGGCCGCGCAGGAGACGACGCACAGCCAGCAGCCCAUGUACUCGCUCCAAGACGUCUCCGGCUUGGGCGCGGAAGCGCAGGCGUCGUCGACGACACCCGCCUUCGCCCCCGGCCCUGCCUCGGUGCUGGCCGAACCGGCGCCGGCACCACCGGCAUCGACGGCGCAGGGCCAGAACAUUCCUCCGCCGACGCCCCAUCACCCCCAUAUCGCGGCGGCCGAGAACGCGCCCGCGCGGGUGUUCAAGCUGCAGUUUGACGCGCGCAAGAUUGUCUGCUGUAGCCAAGCGCCAGUCAUUGUCGGCUGGGACUUUUGUAACGGAGAUGCCGAGCUGGAGGAAACGGCGAGGUUCUUCGCGACGGUCGACUGA